UUAUUGUUUAUCAACCCCUAGUAGGCUAGUAUACCAAUAAUAAUUUCUGAAAUUUGAGAACAGAUAGAGAAAACACAAAGAAAAGAGAGUUGAUUGAUCUUAUUUGGUGAAGGAAAUGGAGACAGUGAUGGAAGAUGUGGAAGAAUACAACUUCAGAGAAGUGAGGCUUCCUUCUCUGAUACCAGUGGUGCCAGAGCCAGAGCUUGAGAGAGAGUCAGGGGAAAGAAGAAGAGGAAGGGACAUAGUGUUAGCCAUAGAUCAUGGUCCCAACAGUAAACAUGCUUUUGAUUGGGCCCUCAUCCACCUUUGCAGGCUUGCUGAUACCAUCCACCUUAUUCAUGCUGUUUCUGAUGUGAAGAACCAACUUGUGUAUGACACUACCCAGGGGCUGAUGGAGAAAUUAGCAGUUGAGGCUUUUGAAGUUGCAAUGGUGAAAACAGUAGCUAGGAUUGUGGAAGGUGAUGCAGGGAAAGUUAUUUGCAAUGAAGCAGAGAGGAUCAAACCUGCAGCUGUGGUUAUGGGGACCAGAGGCCGAAGCUUGAUUCAAAGCGUGCUACAAGGAAGUGUUGGUGAGUACUGUGUUCACAACUGUAAAUCAGCACCUGUUGUGAUUGUUCCUGGAAAAGAUGCUGGAGAUGCGUCAAUCAUCUAGUGAUGGGUAUUAAAUUGCGGUUUCAGCUGCGUUGCGAAAUUGUGGAUAUAUGCGGGUUGAAACAACAGCAAUUGCAGUCGAGAUGCUGUUGCGGGGGCUUCAAAACCUUUACUACUGCGGUCCGCAGUUUAAAACCCUGAUCUAGUGGCAUUAGGUUGUGAAAGGUUGUGUUUUAUAUAUAGGCUUUGCUUUGUUAUGUAUAGCUUCGGUGUGUUAAGAUUGAUUCUAAUUCAGUUGAACCCAAAAAUUGUAUCUAACUACUGCUAGUGUGAAGAUUGAUUCCAAUUCAUUUGAACAAGGGAAAAAAUGCAUCAUAUGCUGUGGUUUGUUUUGUGAUAA